AUGAGUCGUCGUGCGCUGGCUACUGUCCUGGGGCUUUCUUCAGCUGCUUUGGCUGGCGUAACCGUCCAGCUUCCAGGCUUGGUGGUACCUCCAGCUUAUGGCGACCAACGGGAUGCCGCAGAGCUUAUCUUCACCAAAUCCUGGGAUGCUUAUCGACAAUUCGCGUUCGGGCACGACGAGCUUGACCCUAUCGCCAAGCAGGGCAACGACGACCUCGGUGGCUGGGGUGCAACCAUUGUAGAUGCUCUCCCAACUAUGCUCGUCAUGGGUUUGACCGAUCGGUUCAAUGACGCUCUAAAUUUCACGUCCACAGUGGACUUCUCCAAAUCACCCGCUGCUGGAACUGUCAGCGUUUUCGAGACUACCAUUCGCUGGCUGGGGGGUCUUAUUUCCGCCUAUGAACUCAGCGACGGACAGCACCCUAUUCUGCUGCAGAAAGCGAAGGAGGUCGCGGACCAGCUUUCCAAUGCCUGGGUUGGCAGCAACCCCAUCCCGUAUGGCCACAUGACCAUCGCUACCGGCGUGCCCAACGUUGACACUACAAAUAUUGCUGAAGCCGGCACAUUGAGCUUGGAAUGGCACAGACUGUCGGAACUCAGUGGUAACGACACCUAUUCGAAGCUCGGCGUCGGGUCUGCCCGCAUAAUUACGCAACAAGGAACUCCUCUGCCCGGCCUAGCGCCCCAAGUGAUCCACCCUGAGAACGGUCAUUUCGGCGAUUCAUACAUUACCUGGGGCGGAGGAAGCGACUCGUACUUCGAAUACCUAAUCAAGUUCGCUCGUCUUACCAACACAGACGAUCACGUUUUCGCGGAUACCUGGGCGACCGCUGUCGAUUCCUCGAUCAAGAACUUGCUCAAGGUGACCAUUUCCCUCUCACCAACGCAUCCCAAGCUGAGAAAAUUCACACAGAAAUCUACUGUAGGGAACUGGUCGUUCCUCGCUGACCGUGAUGACAAUGGACGCAUCCGCCACGUUGGAUCACAUUUGGCUUGCUUCUACGCGGGCAACUGGCUUCUUGGUGGUAAACUUCUCAACAACCAAACCAUCAUCGAUAUUGCUCUUGAACUAAAUGAUGGAUGCUGGAACACUUAUGCCAGUACAGCGACUGGAAUCGGCCCAGAAACCUUUGCUUUCAUCGGAACGGAUGGCAACUUCACUGGCGGCAGCGCGAUUACACCCUCCCAGCAGGCUUUCUUCAACCAACACGGGUACUACAUCACUGGAGCCGACUACAUCCAACGACCAGAAGUCCUGGAAUCCAACUUCCAUGCCUGGCGUGUAACGGGCGACACCAAGUACCUCGACCGCGCGAAAGCUGCGAUCGCGUCGUUCAACAAGUUCCUCACGGGCUCCAAUAUCGCUGGCUUUGCCUCGCUUAACAACGUCAAUUCGGCCAAUGGCGGCUUUAUUGACAUAACCGAGUCGUUCUGGUUCGCAGAGGUACUCAAGUACCUCUACCUGACAUUCGAUGACCCAUCCCAUAUCUCUUUGGAUGACUUUGUGUUCAACACCGAGUGCCAUCCGCUCAAGGCCCCACCUGCGCUCGACUCAUAUGGCUCGGGUAAAUUCGUCCCCAACAAGGCAUUUGCCCCAAUCAAGACAACGGGACCGCGUCCCGCAGUUAGCCCUCGACCUGGCCAAUAA